AUGGCUCCUGAUCGUAGACACCGUGGUUCUUCGCGACGUAACAAUCGCGCUGAGCCGUAUCCCUCUGCGCAGUCUCAGCCCAAGCGCCUUCAACUGAAGGGGCUUGAGCAGGAUGUUGUCAAAGCCCAGGCGGCUCUCGACAAGGCGAGAGCUGACUUGCGGAAGUUUUGCGUCGAAGAAGGCCAAAGCUCUGCUCUCCUUGCUCCUGAACCUGGUUCAGAGGAAGGGGAAAUCAAGGAACGCUCUGCCCCCCCUCGUGUUGGACAGUCCCAGCGUGGUGGCCACAACUCGGGGCGUGGCGGCAGGCCAUACUUCCCCCCCAAGAAGGACGAGAAGCGGAUUCCUGAAGCUUCAGAUGUCCUGAUCCAGCGGAUUGCGAAUUUCAAAGGAGAAACCGCAACCAGAUACGUCAACAAGAGCGUCGGUGGUGGUAGCUCACAGUUCCGAAUCAGCAACGGCGAGAAAGGAAUGGUGGGCUCUGUCACUGACGGGUCUGUUGACAGGUACGUGAGAUCGAUGAAGGACGAGCAGCAAUGCUCAGCGGUCCUUUUCACUCUCACACCGGUUCUGCCGGACCGAUGGGCCAUGAUCGAAAAGGAUAAGACCCAAUCCCUUGACAUCUUGCCCACCGGCCGCGACCCCGUCACCCAUAAGGCAAUGGGCCUCUUUGGUGGUCACGUUCCGCUAGCCGUCAAGCGUACCGUGGCGCCAGGAGCAUGCGCCAGCUGUGGUGGAAGCGACCACGAACUGAAGCACUGUAUCGUCAAUUGUCCAAACGGCGAUAUUGUGGGUUGCCCAAUGUGCAACACCACGGACCAUCUGGUCGAUAAGUGCUCUCAGUGGGCUGGCAUGACGGAUGCGCAGAAGGUGAAGAUCCUUGUUACGGAUCGAGCCCACAUGCCAUCCUACAGAACUUCCGGUGAUUCCUGGAGUCGAAUCCUCCAUAGAUAUUGCAUGAGCAGUGAUUUUGACGUCAAGGUACUUGGCAAAGGAAAGUUGCCCUGGACACCUGCGUGUGCCAGGACCUUUUUCAAGAUGAAUGACGGCAAGGAGAUCAAAAAUCUCCAGAAGUCCAUAGACAACGGCCCCGAAGACUUCUUACCUCCGCCGGACACUUCCAAUCCAAAUGUCAUGGCCCUUUACAAAAAGGACUGGAAGAAGCACGACCUGGCUUGGCCUCCUGUCCUGAACGUCUUCGACGACGCGUUGGACGGCUAUUUCGAUGGGGUUGGCAUGGAGGACCUGACCAUGGAAGAACCGUGA